AUGGCCGCCGUGGAGAGCGGAGAGGAGAGACUGGAGGAGGGGCAAGAGAGUGAAGAGGGACCAGCUGAGCCCCCGCCCCUCGCCAAAGACAGAGACCGGUCCCAGAGCAAGACCAAGAAAGGCCGCAAGGAGCGACGGCAUGCCGACCGGGAGGCGGAGCCAGCAGCACCUGCUUCACCUCCACCGCCUCUACCAACAGCCAGGCAGCCAGCACAGAUGGGGGCGGAGCCACAAAGCUUGGAGGAGGAGGCAUCAGAACCGGUGCCGGGCCCCUCAGAUGCUGGGUCGGAGUCUGCAGGAUCUCCCAGGCAACGUCGCUCCAUCAUCCGUGACCGCGGACCGCUGUACGACGACCCAACGCUGCCUGAAGGAUGGACACGCAAACUGAAGCAGCGCAAGUCCGGGCGAUCCGCGGGGAAGUUCGAUGUCUACCUGAUCAACUCGGAGGGAAAGGCAUUUCGUUCCAAAGUGGAACUUAUUGCCUACUUUCAAAAGGUCGGUGACACGACCACAGACCCCAAUGACUUCGAUUUCACUGUCACUGGACGGGGAAGCCCCUCCCGUCGGGAGAAACGCCCGCCCAAGAAACCAAAGGUGGUAAAGCCAUCAGGGCGGGGUCGUGGUCGUCCAAAAGGCAGUGGGAAGAUGCGACAAGCUACAGAGGGCGUUGCCAUGAAGCGAGUGGUCGAGAAGACCCCGGGCAAACUGCUCGUCAAGAUGCCUUUUGGCAAGGGAGAGUCCUCCAGUGGCCCCACCUCCACCACCUCAAAGGUGGCGUCUCCUGCUUCGCCGCCGAAGGCCCGUCCUGGUCGAAAACGGAAGUCAGAGCAGGAACUUCCGCCCCCGCCACAAACCGCCCCCAAGAAGCGGGGCAGGAAACCGGCUUCGGCCUCAGCAGCGUCUCCUGCUGCUGCAGUUCCCGCCUCUUCUGCGUCAGCCUCCAGUAGCUCUGCGGCUGGGAGUUAUGCUGCGGCCGCCAUCUUGGCCGCUGAGGCCAAACGGAAGGCGGCCAGGGAGUCUUCCACCAAACCUGUCGUCCAGGAAACGGCUCUGCCAAUCAAAAAGCGUAAAACCAGAGAGACCGUGGAGGAGAGGGAGAGCGUUCAGACUCCAGCAGCUCCAACACCCGAGACUGGAAGGAGGGCGGCCACAGAGGAGGUGGAGGAGGAGGGGACUGUGACCUCUGACCCUCAGCCUGCCCCUUCUGGUCAGAGCCAGUCACAACCGCAGAGCCAACCGUCUGCUUCGGAUGAUGGCCAGUCGCACGGACACAAACCCCAUAAAGGACGGAAGCACAAAGAGAAGUCCGGAGCAGCAGCAGGAGAAGGCGAAGAGCAUGGGGGUGAUAAGGGCGGAGAACAUGGGGGUGAAAGGGGCGGAGAACAUGGGGGUGAUAAGGGCGGAGAGCAUGGGGGUGAAAGGGGCGGAGAGGCAGCAGGGGGUGGGAGGAGCGGCGGUAGCAGCAGCAGUAGCAUUAGCUCAUCCAAAAGCCACAAAAGGAAGGAGCGGCCGCCUCAUAAGCACCACCACCACCACCACCACCACCACCACCACCACCACCAUCGCCAUCAACAGGCCUCUGCUUCCACGUUAGAACAGGCUCCGCCUCCUGUUCCAGUGCCGUCUCCUCCCCCUCCCCCUCCCCCUCCAGUGGUCUCCUCUGCACAGUCCAGAAGUGAAGCUGAACCUCAGACUGGUCCUCAGCCCGUCCCCCAACAGUCACAGCCCCUCCAGCAAGCCUCUCCCAGACCACAGUCUAGGUCUGCAUCUCACUCUGGAACUGAAUCUCAGCACCCCGCCCCCCAACCGCGUCACCAGACCCCCUCUCAGACCCAGCUUCCUAGUCAAUCCCAAACGCAGAGUCAGCACUCGGCAUCACAGUCCCCUCCCGCCAAACAUACUGUUCCGCAAACACAGCUAGCUCCGCCCCACGCCCCCGGACAGCCCGCCCAGCACCGAGCCCAGCACCAGGCCCAGCAUGCUCCAGCUCACUCACACGUGCCUCAGCCCCCGUCCAGCCGGCCCCAACAUCACCCCCCCCCAACACGGCAUCCACACCCACCCGCCCAGCCCCCUGCAGCACUCCAACCUCACGGUCAGCCACGAAGUCUGUCUCAGUCCCAGUCUCCGCUGCAGCCUCCACACCAACACCAGACCCGGGCCCCAGCUCGCCAGUCCCCGUCCAGAUCCUCACCCCAACCUCAGCCCCACUCACAGCCGAGAGGUACUGCCCAAGGGCAGGCUCACUCCCAGUCCAGAACCCCAACCCAAAGCCAGCUCCAAACCCAAUCCAGAACACCAACCCAGAGUGAGCCUCAACCCCAAUCCAGAACACCAACCCAGAGUCAGCCUCAACCCCAAUCCAGAACACCAACCCAGAGUCAGCCUCAACCCCAAUCCAGAACCUCAACCCAAAACCAACCCCAACCCAGAACCCCAACCCAAAGUCAGCCCCAGCCCCAAUCCAGAACCCCAACCCAAAGUCAGCCCCAGCCCCAAUCCAGAACCCCAACCCAAAGCCAGCCCCAGCCCCAAUCCAGAACCUCAACCCAAAGCCAGCCCCAACCCCAAUUCAGAACCCCAACCCAAAGCCAGCCUCAACCCCAACCCAGAACCCCAACCCAAAGCCAGCCUCAACCCCAACCCAGAACCCCAACCCAAAGCCAAUCUCAAAUUCAGUCCAGAACCCCAACCCAAAGUCAGUCUCAACCCCAACCCAGAACCCCAGCCCAAACUCCGCCUCAGCCACAGUCGCGCAACGCAGGACAGCCCCAGCUUCAUCUCCAGUCUCGAACCCCCGUCCAACCCCUCGCUCCACCCCAGUCUCGGAACCCAGCCCAAGCGCACCCACAGCCCCAUUCUAGGACCCUAGCUCAGCCUCAGCCACGGUCCCAAAGUCCGGUCCAACCUCAACCUCUGCUGCUACCAAGACAUCAAGUGCAGCCUCAGACACGGCACUUACCGCAACAAGAUGUUCAGACUCAGUAUAGACCACAGCCCAAGCAGUCUGACCCCCAGCCAAGGUCGCCUCCGUCCCAGUCCCAGCCUCAGUCCCAGUCCCAGUCCCAGUCCCAAGCACAGCCACACUUUCAGCGGAUUCAGACGCAGUCCCACUCUCAGCUGCCCAGGCCACAUGUCCAGCACCUCUCCUCCCACCGACCAUCUUCCAGCCUGUCCAGGACCAACCUCCUGCCGGCUCAGCAGAACCAGACUGAACAGCCCCAGGAUCUGAGCACUCCGCGGCCCGGCCGAGGGGGCCCGCUCCCAAACCGGGACCUCAGCACAGAAGGCAUCAGGGCCGAGGGCAGAGGGGAGGCGGCCUCGUCUUCGGCAAGUCGAGAAGUUUCAGGCGGGGACAGAGGCUCGAACAGCAACUCGAGGCCCCCCAGCUCCGUACCUCCCGGACCUCCCGGAGGAGGGGCCGGAGCCGGGACCGGGACCGGGGCCAGGCUCCGGGCAGAGCCGGAGGCGGCGGGUGAUGGCAGAGAGCUCAGAGACAUCGUCCCCCAGUCUGCUGUCCCCUGUCCCAGCCGGGAGGAGACCGUAGAGUCACGGACUGCCGUCAGCGAGAGGGUCAGCUGAUGGACGGGACGGACUGGCUGGUAGCCUUAUGGACCGGGUCGGCACCGGGGGGGCCAGAUGGUUUUACACCGCUUUCAGACAGAAGCUUCUGAAUCUGUCUGGAGACUCUGUAAAGGGACGACCCUGAGGAUGACCCCGAGGACGACCCCGAGGACGACCCCUGGCGCUGAGGGUCGGUCGCAGAAGGAAUAGUGUCUUUUUUUUUUAGGAAAACAAGCGAAAAGGAGAAAACGAUUAAAAAAAAGUGUGAGUGUGUAUAUAAUCAAACGGCAGCUGUGUCCCGCUGGUCUCCGUGGGAAGGAGGCAGGAGUUCCGAACUCAAGUCGACGCGUAACGACAUUACUCUGAACAAAACGUUGCUUCCGGAAUAUAACCAGUUUUUCUCCUUCAUUUUGUAUUUUACUAGUUUAUUGUUUGGUCUCUGUUCUCCAGCUUUAAAUAUGACUUGGUGGCAGCCGCUCACUCGCUCGCCGCCGGUGGGACGUCCUGUUCUCCGGCCUGGAGGUCCUGAGGGCGAGGAGCGGCAGGCGGAGAGCCGGGUGGUCCGGAAUGUUCUCCAUCCUCUUCCUCACGGCGUCCCGCCCCCAGUGGACAGUCCUCUCAAUAUUUAUACGGACAUCCUGAUUUCCAGCAGCCUUGAGUCCGGCCGAGUCAUUUUGAGUCUAGUUUUAAAUAUCUGAACGACAAGAGGACUUCCUGCUUCCUGUUAGAACCACGGAACCGCUCACCUGGCAAGAGAACCGCCUCCUCAGCUCCUGGCGGAACAGUAAGGCGUUCUCCCAGGAUUCUUCCACACUGGUCUUCAUUCAUUCGUUGUUUUGUUUUUGUUUUGUUGUGGUAGUCUUUUGUUUUUCAGUGGAAGCACUUCCUGUCCAGCCGAACCACUUCGCCUGUAGCUUCAUUUGAGUUUUAGUCUUAAAGACGGAGUGGAGCUGGACUCAUUCUCACUGUCUUCAUGUUGAAUGUCUGGAACAGUCUGCACUCCUACAGUUGAUACAGUCGGCCGCCUGCAUGUCGCUCGGACACUCCGCUGGCCUCCGCCCAUGGCGGCGUGGCGGGUGGAGCCGGGGUCCGGUUCGGCUUCGCGCCGGCGUGGAGAACCUGCAGGACCGGCGUGAAGCCGCGAGACCGUCCUGAGAGACUCCAGGAGUCUUCGGGGAGAUGACGAGGUGAACCGGUUCCAAAGUGUUUCCAACACUUGGCCCCGCCUCCGUCGGGUGGUGGUCCGGCGCUGGGGGUCCGGCGCUGGGGGUCCACUGCCCUCCAGCCCGGGUUUCGGAUCUAGAAGCGUCCGCAGUUUGCGUUUCCACUCGCGUCGUAACCACAACCGCUCGGCAUGAAUUUCAUCUUGGGGAAGAUUUUGAAAUUCACCAGGGGCCAAAUCUGGUUGCGGGGGGGUCCGCCGGCCGUGUCGGCCCGGUCCGGUACUCAGUUGUGCAAAAUGCGCCUCGUGUUCAAAACCGGCACCAGGAUGUUCCGAUCAGCAGUCCUGGUUCCUGUUUAGAACAAGCGACCAGCAGGCCGACAUGUCAGCGGUCUGGAAGCUCAGCUCCAUGAUCCAGACCUGGAUUAUCCAGUCCCUCCGUGAUACGGUCCUGGAUUAUCCAGUACCUUGGUGGGUGGCCCAGACCUGGAUUAUCCGGUACCUCGGGAAUCUGGACCUGGGUUAUCUGGUACCUCGGUAAUCCAGAUCUGGAUUAUCUAGUACUUUGGUGGAUGAUCCGGAUCUGGAUUAUCCCGUUCCAGGUUUUAUUCUGGAGGUGUUAUCAGUGCUGUGAAAUCCUGGUUUGCUCCAGGACCAGUCUUUAGAGACACGCAGGAUGGCGGAUGAAAAGAAAAACUGACGGAGGUGAAGAAGAUACGUUUUCUUGAUUCUUUUUUCUAUUCUGUUUUCACAACGUAGCAAUAAGAGCGUCGGAUCGGACUCGAUGGAAAUGUGAAGCUCGGGUUUAUCGGGGGCCAAGCGGUCUGAUCGGGACUUGAACGUGCAAAUCUAGCAAACAGUGCAACGAUCUGACCGAGAACCGAGUGGGUCCCGACUGAGAUCCCGUCCUCAGUGCUGAGCGCUUGUCUUCUCCAGGAUGAAGUUCAUGAUGAAGGGAACGUCCGACGCCCCGAAAGAUCCGGAACCCUCUCAGAUAGUCCGUCGACAUGCUGAGGAGAGCGGUGGUCCGGGGAGCCGGCGUGGCACAGGUUUCAGAGAACCCUCAGCCAGAGGAGGAUCCCGGGUUCCUCUCGGACCUCCUGACCGCUCAGCCGAACGCUCCGGCUGUUCGACAGUUUGUUUCCAUGACAACAGGCGGAGCCGCGGCAAACCCAAGUUUUUAAAAACGCUGCGACUCCAGAGAGGUGAGGGAAAUGGAUUCUGCUCAUGAGCACUGCGGUGGCAGUGAACCGUUGUGCUCAUGAGCAGGGAGGAAGGCAGCAGCUCGCCGGUCGCAGCACACCUCCAGUUUGGUCUUUCCCCCCGCCGGGUUCCCUGCUGGGGUUAUUUCAGUGGAGGAGGAACGGUGUGGAACCCCGGUUCCAGCAGACCGGUGAGCUGGAGGACCAGGACCGUCUCGGCGGACUGGAGGAGGUUUGACAGGAACUGGAAUCUUUCAGACGGCUGCAGGUGUUCGGACUGAACGUGUCCCGGUCCUUCUGCUGGACGGGUCCUUGAAGCGUCUUCCCCGUGGAACCCGCCGUUCCUCUGCCCGACUCGACCUUUAGGGCGCUCACGUUCCAGGUCCCAGACUUCAGGGUUUCUCUGAUCAGACUCCCCCGAGGCAGGAAGGUCUUCACGCCCGACCGAAGCGGAACCGGAACGCCACGCCGGAUGGGAGCGGAACCGGGACGCCAUGCCGGCGGCAGCUCCUCAGAACAAAGCAGUGUACCCCAUGUUCAGAGCCAUGCUGCACCUGAAUUGAGGAACUCGUAAAGAACUGUGUUGGCCCUGAACCUGAACCUGAACCAGGUCAGUCUCAUUUCAGUGGACCUCAGUCUGAAGUGGAACAGAACAGAAGGCCCGUCCGGGUUCUGUGUAUGACCUACAACAUCCACCAGAGGGCACAGCUGAGAUGUGACGUGCCGGUCACUGACGGAAAAGAAACUUCAAGUGAAAAUGCAACACUUUUGAAAACUUAUGUAAACAGACGAAAACUACAUUUUCUGGAAACUGUCAGGCUGAAGGUGGAAGCGUUGGUCCUGGUCCUGGUCCUGGUCCAUGUUCUCCAGGACUUGGUGGUCUUAGAGAUGACAGUCACCUCAUUAACGGUUGAUAUUGGUCUCCUGUCCAUGUGGAGUCUGUGUUCUCAGGGUUCUCCAACGUUUCCAUCGUUUCCAGAACAUGUUGCCAUGGAAACGAGGCGGUGGAGAGAAGAAGAAGAGCUGGACGGUUAGUGAGGCUGAGGUGGAGAACUCCACCCAGGUGGAUGAGGCUGCUCCGCGCCUCAGGGUGUGGCAGGAAGUGACACGGGAAGCCUCAAGCCCACGCCUGGGCAGAGCUUCAUGCGCUGGGCGGAGCUUCACAUGAUGGGUGGAGCUUCACAUGAUGGGCGGAGCGUCACACGAUGGGUGGAGCUUCACUCGCUGAGCGCUGACGUAGCUGGGCGGAUCGUACUGGAGAUCAGUUCCCAGUUGGGUACCCCGGGCAGUCUGGGCCCCGGUGCUGGUCUUGCUGGAACCUGGAGGUUUACUAACCUCACCUGGAGCAAAGCACCUGUUUUUAUUUCAGUGAGAACAGGAGAGGAGUGAUUGGUCCAGAGACCCUGAACCCCUGAACCAGGAGGCCCAAUGAGGCGGUGCUGCCCCCUGCUGCUCAGACACAAGAACAGCUGUCACCAUGUUACUGCUCUCAUCUCCAUGGAGACGAAGAGGAGGAGCUGAGCCGGGAGCCUCCACCAGGACCUCCACCAGACCUCCAUCAGACCUCCACCAGGACCUCCAUCAGACCUCCACCAGGACCUCCACCAGGACCUCCACCAGACCUCCAUCAGACCUCCACCAGGACCUCCAUCAGGCCUCCACCAGGACCUCCACCCACAGACCCGGGUUCCCUGACGCGGGGCUGGAAGCAUUGGUGUGGGAGGAGGAGGGAACAGAGAACGUCCUGUUUGAUUCGUUCUGAUUUGAAGUUCUGGACAGAACCUGAUCUGAGAACUGCCGCCUGUUCUCCAGUUUCUGGUUUUCUGCACUCUGCACCCAGUUCUGGACCCGGUUCUCUAGGCUGGACUCAGAGGUUCAGGUCUGGUUCUCAGCAGCAUCCAGUGAAAAUGUGGAACUCUUGUUGUGUUUUGGGUGUUUGAAACAAACAGUCCGUCUCCAUGGAAACGGGCCAAAACAGAAACAGUCUGUCUCCAUGGAAACGGGCCAAAACACAACAAUCUGACCAAACACUCCUGUGCCUGGUCCCGGUCCUAGUCCUGAGCCUCCUCUUGUUCCAACUUAUGGUUCUGGUGCCAGUCCCGGUCUUCUUCCCGGUCCUAGUCCCAGUCCUGGUCCUGGUCCUGGUCCUGUGCUCUCAGGACACACGCCUCAUGGCUCAACAUGCUACCUCUGUCAUUGUCAGUGUUUCUGUUGUUGCCGUGGAAACAGGAAACUUUUCGAAACAGAAAUUCAAAAGCGUUGUGUUUUCACUGGACUGGUUGUGAUGGAAACAAGACCUAAAUGUCAAGUCCUCAUUGGCUGGGCCACGAGCAAGAGUGUCACUUGCUCCUCCUGCUGCAUCUGUCUUCCUGAUCCUCAUGCUUCACCUGGUGGUUCACCUGGUGGUGGUUCACCUGGUGGUUCACCUGGUGGUUCACCUGGUGGUGGUUCACCUGGUGGUUC